AUGAUAUCACGAGUUUUCUUACGGAUGAUGUCAGCAGACCGCAGUAUCGAUGGGCCAAUUGCACGCAGCAUAACUUCCAAGAUACAGGAGAGUUUUGCCGAUCUACAGCACUUUUCAAUAAAUAACGACUCUUACAAACAUUCAGGACAUGCCGGUAUGGCAGACGCAGGAAACAGAAUUGAGUCGCAUUUCAAGCUUAACAUUGUGAGCGACAAAUUCCAAGGGAUGUCAUUGCCCAUGAGACAUAGAAUGAUCUACAAUUUGCUGGAUGAAGAGCUCAAAAAUGGUGUCCAUGCACUGCAGCUUGUGACAAGAACGCCGGCGGAACAGCUAAAACGCACUCAAAAGUGA